AUGGCGAAGCAGAUGGGAGGAGAGGAGUCUAUUCUAAACAAGGAUACUGGGGAGGCUAUUGGUGACAACAAAGGAUCUACUUUGGAGGUGGAUGCUGACGAAGAUGAAUUAGCUAUUGGGUUGCUUUUGAGGGUGAAAGUCUUGCUGGAUGUGCCGAAGCCACUCUUGAGGGGUGUAACUGUGGAUGUGAAUGAAGAGGGGGAGAAAAUCUAG